UCACGCGACGCAGUUGUCAAGCCCGUGACGAUCAAGUAAACAAACGACAACAAUGGAGAACAUCCAGUCGAUGGUGUUCUUUCUGCUUGGCAUGUGGCUCUUUAUCACGAGGAGAAGGCAAGCUUUGUUCGAGAGGAGAUUGCAGGCUGCGCGGAGGAACACUGCGGAGAAAAUGAGGAGAGUUUGGGAAUUGUUGGAGGACCACCCCUUUCCGAGACGAAGACGACGACGCCAGAUGAUGCUUCAAUUGCUGCUCAAGCGCCGGCGCCGUCCGAGCAUCUGGGUGGUGCACCGCUCCAACAUGUGGUGGGACCAGAUCGUCCCAGGCUUCACGCGCGCAGAGUGGGUGCGCCACUUCCGCAUGUCCGAAGCGACCUUCCUGGACAUCUGCUCCAAGCUGCGGCCGGCCAUGGAGAAACGCGACACCAACUUCCGCGUGUGUGUGCCGCUCAAGAAGCGAGUGGCCGUCGCUCUGUGGAAGCUGGCCACCAACAGCGAGUACCGAAGUAUUGGCUACCUUUUCGGCGUCAGCAAGACCACAGUGUGCCGCUGCCUGCGCGAGUUCUGCUCGGCUGCCUGCGCGCUGCUGCUGCCAUGCCACAUUCGCUUUCCCGACCCGGAGAUGCUCGCCGGAACGGCGGCCGACAUCGAGGCAAGGUGGGGGCUUCCCCGAUGCGUCGGCGCCAUCGACGGCUCCCACAUCCCCAUCAUCGCGCCUCAGGAGAAGCACUGGGAUUUCAUCAACGCCAGGGGCUGGCAUUCCAUCAUCCUGCAAGGCGUGGUGGAUGGCAAGGGGCUCUUUUGGAGCGCGUGCGCCGGCAUGGCAGGAGGUCUGCGCCACGCCCGAGCACUCAGGGAGUCUCUGUUGUGGGAAACAGCCGAGCAAGGGUGCUUGGAACCCGGCUACUACAUCCUGGGAGACUCGCCUUAUCCGUUAAAGACGUGGCUGUUGAAAGCAUUCCAGCAGGACAGUACGCUGAUGCCAGAGCAGCGCGCGUUCAACGAGAGCGUGCGCUGCGCCAGAACCACGGUGCGCACAGCAUUUUCCAGACUCAAAGGUAGGUGGCGCUGUCUGACCAAGACGAAUGACAGGGACAUCCAGGUGGUCAAGUCCAUGGUGUUGACCUGCUGCGCCCUGCAUAAUAUAUGCGAGAGACAAGGAGAGGAAUACAGGGACCGUUGGGACACUCCCGCUGUGACGACAAUGCAGGAUGCGAAUGACGAAGAGGAGGAGGAAGAGGAAGGUGGACAUGUACGAGACGAUGUGGUGAGAUUUUUAAGAGAUGUAACAACUUGAAAUAAUAAACUAUUAUUUUGUAUUAA